AUGUCUUCACCAGCAGCAGAGAUGGGAGGGCCCACCAAGAAAGAGCCCAUCCUCUUCCGAUUCUGCUCAGAAUGCUCCAACCUUUUGUUCCCCCGCGAAGACAAGUCUGAGAACAAGCUCCUGUUCGCGUGUCGCACAUGCUCCUUCACCGAAGAGGCGCCCUCAUCCUGCGUCAUGCGCCACGACAUCUCCUCGACGGUCGGAGCUACGGCGGGUGUGACGGCCGAGGUGGCACAGGAUCCUACGGUUGGUCUCUCCAACUCCAUUUCGCAAGCCUCUGUUUCCGAGGAGCUGCCGUGCUGCACCAUGUGCGGCAUGGACAUUGUCUGCGUCGAGUGCGGCGAAGACUGGGCCCCAGGCUUUGUGCUGGAAGCCGAGGACGAGCAGCCCGCGGCAGGUCCUCAAGAAACAGAGUAUGAAGACUAUGAAGAUUACGAAGAUGACGAAGACAUGGACGACGAUGAUUCGUCAUGA